AUGGCAUCAUGCAAUAAGAUGGUUGGGAUGUUGUUGGUGCUUUUCCCAGCCAUCUUCUUGGAGAUGACUCUUCUACCGAGGAGCCCUGGCAGGAAUGUGUUGUUGGUUGGGGGCUCCUCUCAGCGAUCAGUGGCUAGAAUGGAUGGGGAUGUCAUUAUUGGAGCUCUCUUCUCUGUUCACCAUCAGCCACCAGCAGAAAAGGUGCCUGAGAGGAAGUGUGGGGAGAUAAGGGAGCAGUAUGGUAUCCAGAGAGUGGAGGCCAUGUUUCACACAUUGGAUAAAAUUAACUCUGAUCCCAUUCUGCUGCCCAACAUCACUCUGGGCAGUGAGAUUAGGGAUUCCUGCUGGCAUUCAUCUGUUGCACUGGAGCAGAGUAUUGAGUUCAUUAGGGAUUCUCUGAUUUCUAUUCGUGAUGACAAGGAUGGGACAAAUCGAUGCCUUCCUGACAACCAAUCUCACCACCCUGGUCGGACUAAAAAGCCCAUUGCAGGUGUGAUUGGUCCUGGCUCCAGCUCGGUGGCCAUACAAGUCCAGAACUUACUUCAGCUCUUUGACAUCCCCCAGAUUGCUUAUUCAGCCACAAGCAUUGACCUGAGUGACAAAACUUUGUACAAAUAUUUCUUGAGGGUAGUCCCUUCAGACACUUUGCAAGCCAGGGCUAUGCUUGACAUAGUCAAACGUUACAAUUGGACCUAUGUCUCCGCUGUCCACACAGAAGGAAACUAUGGGGAAAGUGGAAUGGAUGCUUUCAAAGAGCUGGCUGCCCAGGAAGGCCUAUGCAUUGCUCACUCAGACAAAAUCUAUAGCAAUUCUGGGGAGAAAAGCUUCGAUCGGCUUCUGCGCAAGCUUCGGGAGAGACUACCCAAGGCCAGAGUGGUGGUUUGUUUUUGUGAAGGAAUGACGGUCAGAGGGCUUCUGAGUGCCAUGAAACGUCUGGGAGUUGUAGGAGAGUUCUUACUCGUUGGCAGUGAUGGCUGGGCAGACAGAGAUGAAGUCAUUGAAGGCUAUGAAGUUGAGGCCAAUGGAGGGAUCACCAUAAAGCUCCAGUCACCAGAGGUCAGGUCUUUUGAUGACUACUUCUUAAAAUUGAGACUGGACACCAACACUCGAAAUCCAUGGUUCCCUGAAUUCUGGCAGCAUCGGUUCCAAUGUAGGCUUCCAGGACACCUUCUGGAAAAUCCCAACUUUAAAAGGAUCUGCACAGGCAAUGAGAGUUUAGAAGAAAAUUAUGUCCAGGACAGCAAAAUGGGCUUUGUCAUCAAUGCUAUCUAUGCUAUGGCCCAUGGACUGCAGAAUAUGCACCAUGCUCUCUGUCCUGGACAUGUGGGUCUUUGUGAUGCUAUGAAACCCAUUGAUGGCAGUAAGCUCUUGGACUUCCUCAUAAAAUCCUCCUUCAUCGGUGUAUCAGGAGAAGAGGUGUGGUUUGAUGAAAAAGGAGAUGCCCCUGGAAGGUAUGAUAUCAUGAAUCUUCAGUACACUGAUGCUAACCGGUAUGACUAUGUCCACAUUGGGACCUGGCAUGAAGGAGUGCUGAAUAUUGACGACUAUAAGAUCCAAAUGAACAAAAGUGGCAUGGUACGGUCUGUGUGCAGUGAACCUUGUUUAAAGGGUCAGAUUAAGGUCAUCCGGAAAGGAGAGGUGAGCUGCUGUUGGAUCUGCACAGCAUGCAAGGAGAAUGAAUACGCGCAAGACGAAUUCACCUGCAAAGCGUGUGACCUUGGAUGGUGGCCAAACAGAGACCUCACUGGCUGUGAACCCAUUACUGUUCGCUAUCUUCAAUGGAGCAACAUAGAGUCUAUUGUAGCUGUGGUGUUCUCUUGCCUGGGCAUUUUGGUCACUUUGUUUGUCACACUCAUCUUCGUGCUAUACCGGGAUACUCCAGUGGUCAAAUCCUCCAGUCGAGAGCUUUGUUAUAUAAUUCUAGCUGGCAUUUUCCUUGGUUAUGUGUGCCCCUUCACCCUCAUCGCCAAGCCUACCAUCACAUCAUGCUACCUCCAGCGCCUCCUGGUUGGACUCUCUUCUGCUAUGUGCUACUCUGCUUUGGUGACCAAAACUAACCGUAUUGCACGAAUCCUGGCUGGGAGCAAGAAGAAAAUAUGCACCAGGAAGCCUCGAUUCAUGAGCGCCUGGGCCCAAGUGAUCAUCGCCUCUAUUCUGAUUAGUGUGCAGCUAACAUUGGUGGUGACCCUGAUUGUCAUGGAGCCGCCCAUGCCUAUCCUGUCUUACCCCAGCAUCAAGGAAGUCUACUUGAUCUGCAACACCAGCAACCUGGGUGUGGUGGCCCCCUUGGGCUACAAUGGACUCCUCAUCAUGAGCUGCACCUACUAUGCCUUCAAGACCCGAAAUGUGCCCGCUAACUUCAAUGAAGCCAAGUACAUUGCUUUCACCAUGUACACCACAUGCAUCAUCUGGCUGGCUUUCGUGCCCAUCUACUUCGGAAGCAACUACAAGAUUAUCACUACCUGCUUUGCUGUGAGCCUCAGUGUGACGGUAGCAUUGGGAUGCAUGUUCACGCCCAAGAUGUACAUCAUCAUUGCUAAGCCUGAGAGGAACGUCCGCAGUGCCUUCACCACCUCAGACGUGGUGCGCAUGCACGUCGGGGACGGCAAGCUGCCCUGCCGCUCCAAUACCUUCCUCAGCAUUUUCCGGAGAAAGAAGCCAGGGGCAGGGAAUGCAAAUUCUAAUGGCAAGUCUGUGUCAUGGUCUGAAUCAGGUGGAAGAGAGGUGCCCAAAGGACAGCACAUGUGGCACCGUCUGUCUGUGCACGUGAAGAGCAACGAGACAGCCUGCAACCAGACAGCGGUGAUCAAGCCCCUCACUAAAAGUUACCAAGGCUCGGGGAAGAGCCUGACUUUUUCAGAUAUCAGCACCAAGACCCUGUACAACGUGGUGGAGGAGGAGGAGAGCGAUCCACCCGUGCGCUUUAGCCCAGCCUGCAGCCCUUCAAGGCUGGUGCACCGCCGGGUGACCCCAGCCACUCCUCCCCUCCCAGCCCACGUGGUGGUGGACGAGCCCCCCUUGUUCCGGUCCGAGCCGGCCGCUUCCCGAGGCCUGCCGGCCCCGCUGCAGCAGCCGCCCCCGCUGCCAGAGCCCGAACCCCAGCCCCAGCCCCAGCCUCAGGAGCUCUUGCUUCUGGACCAGCUGCAGGGCGUGGCCAGCAUCCCGGACUACAACAACUUCACUGCGGUACUGACGGGCCCUGGGGGCCCGGGCAACGGGGGGAGGCCUCUCUACCAGCUCCCGGCUUCCCAGCCUCCACCUCUGCCGCUGCCGCAGCCGCAGCCGCAAGCGCUGCCUCUCCAGCUGAGCACCUUCAGCGACGAGCCCAUCUCGCCCCCGGCCGACGAGGGGGACAGCGAGCGAUUCCAGCUCCUCCAGGAGUACAUAUACGAGCAAAGGGGAGACACGGAAGAAGAUGAGCUGGAGGACGAGGAGGAUGAGGAAGAGCAGGAGGAACGGGGGCUCCGAGCCACGGGCAAACUGACCCCCGACGCGUCCCCUGCGCUGACGCCUCCGUCACCCUUCCGAGACUCGGUGGCCUCGGGCAGCUCGGUACCCAGCUCGCCGGUGUCCGAGUCCGUGCUCUGCACCCCUCCAAACGUCACCUACGCCUCGGUCAUCCUGAGAGACUAUAAACAAAGCUCAUCCACCCUGUAGCGGGAGGGAGCUGGGAGGCAGUCACAGAAGCAAGGGGAGCUGAAGAGGCUGGAAAAAGCAAUCCGGGGGAGGGAGGACAAAUCCGUUGCUGUCCCAAGUACGGGGGAGGGAGGGAAGAAAGGGAAGGGAGGUGGGGGGGAGCGGUGGGGGGAAAGGACGGGAGGGGGGAUGGUUGGGUUCUCUCUCCUACCCAGUGAUCUAUUCACCAGAGAGCUUUGAUGCUUGAAUCAUUCAAAAGCGUGCUCUAGCUGCAGGAAGGGGAUUCUGACAAAGCACAAGCCUAAAUGCUGUACGACAGUUAGGACAAAAGAAUGUUACUGUUUUUGUUUUGUUUCGUUUUGUUUUGUUUUUUAAAAUUCCUCUUGCACAGGAUCAUCGACAAGCUUUCAAACCGCCGUAAAAAGCGAAGUCAUCGAUAGACUCACUAGCACAUCUUGGGGGGGAGGGGGGGAAGGAUGGAAGGAUGGAGGGAGGGCGGGGCAAAGGAAUUUGGGGAAGCCGAGACGCUCAUUGGCUGAAGAGAGAACCGGCGUGAAGCUACCUUGGGGACUGAUGGUACGGCUACUUCUCCCUUCCUCUCUCCCACGUGAGGCCCCACCGGUACACAAACUGUAGGGGUCCCUGAAGGGACGCUGGAACUCGAAUGGCAACGUCAGAAUCUGAACUAGAACCAAGGGCCUCAUUCCUAGUGUUUUCCAUCAGAGCCCCGAGUCGACCUUGCCGUGCCACCGGGAGAAAAUGCUGUGCCCCCAAGCUGCAGUUCGGUGAUUUAUCUUUGGCAAAACAGCCUGAGGCGGGGUGGGCUGGGGGGAACUCACCGCGAAGUAUUUGUUGCCGCACACUCAGCUUCUCUAAUUAAUAUUUCGGUUUGGUUUGGUUUUUGCUGAUUUUGGAAAGGGGUCAGAACCAGAGACCAAAUAGAGUUGAAGGUCUUUGUUAUGUGUCGAGCUUGCAUCGUGCCAAGGGCUUUGAGCUGCCCUUUUGUUGACGAGAACAAACCCUGUGGCUAAACUGUUACCCUACAUUUACUGUAGCAAAUAAUAUUUACCAAUUGACCUUCUGUAACACAAGUAUAUUUACUAUGUGGCUUCAUUGUUCUUCUGUGUAACUAGGGUAGUAGCUUCAUCUUUGAAGAUAGUUGUGUACCCCUAGCAAAGAUGACUAUUUUAGCUGAAAAACAAUUAUUUCCUGUUGUUGUCAAAGUUGUUGUAAAAGAAAGUGUACAAAUUUGUCCCGUGUCUGUGUGCCUGUGCCUCUCUGUGUGAAAUGUAAUGUCAACUGCCACUGAAAGAUUGUCCUACAGAUAAAGUAUUGCUAUUUUUAUGUUCAAAUCAUGUUUUCUAUAUAGCAUUGUUAUAAGUAUAUACAGUAAGUAGCUCUUUGAAGGUUUGUAUGCUGUGCUCUCAAACAUUUUUCAUAUGCAGCUAAGACAGUUGUUACCCUGCUAAACUGGAGUUUGUUUUGCAGAUGUUUUAUGAUGUGGGUAGAUUAUUAAUAAUUUAAGUGCUUCAAGAAUUUGUCAUAUUAAAUGUUUGCAAAAAAAAGUAUGGGUAACCACAAAAAGGUGCAUUUUAUACUGCUUGCACAUACCAGUAUUAAAACUUAAGAUUGAAAAAGUA